CAGAUAUUUUCCCGCACUACGUAAUUCGUCUUUGUAUCGAGAGAACGUUGUUUCGUUGAGUGUGUUUUAUAUUUCGUUCUGCGUAGUUUAUAUUUUUCUUUAUCGUUAGUGUUUUAUAUUUCUAUUAUAUUUUUCUCUUCUUUGAAGAAUGAACGAUAUCUCCGUGUCCAAGGGCGUUUUUGCUCAUACGGGUAGUUAUAAAAUUGGGCACAGUAAAAAAAAGCAAAAUCGUUAUGAUUAUUUUAAUGAACCAUGGUAUAUUGCGUACAAAGAAAUAUGGGAUAUCAUUCAGAUGGAGACCGAGUCUGUGAGAUCUAAUAUGAUACAUCAAUUGAUAUCAGAUUUAAAAUCUUUUGUAUCCAGCGUAAGAUCAGAUAGUAUAGAUUUAUUUGACAAUGAAAUACCUACGGCUAUGUUACUAACUGGAGUCAAUGUUCCCGAUCACACUAAACUCUUUCAAAAGAUAAUUCUUAAAUUACGUACUCUAACCGUGCACAUUGCAAUAUUAUGGAGUAAAGAUUCUAACAACAUAAAAAGUAUAGUGUCUGAUACAAUAUUUCAGUUGAUAAAUAAAAAAGAAGAGGAUGACACGUUGGAAAUAAAGAGAACUCAAUGUAAUAUGCGUGCUUUAAAAUCAUGGUACUUAACGCAUUGCGAUCCAUUGGAUCCCUUAAUCAUUAUUAUUUCUGAUUUUGAAAGUUUUUCACCAAGCGUACUUCAUGAUUUCAUUUUAAUUCUAAGUUCUUAUUCGGAUACGAUAAAAUUUGUACUUUUUUUUGGAAUUGCAACUACAUUGCAUGUUGUACACAGAUCUUUAUCUUACGAUGCUACCUCUAAAUUAAAAAUUAAGGUGUUGCACAUGCAAACACAAGUAAAAAGUUUAGCGGAUAUAUUAGAGGGAAUGAUUUUUUCACCUGAUAUCUCGUUUAGAUUGACUGGAAGAGCUUUUCAAUUAUUAACAGAUAUCUUUUUGUUUUACGAUUUUUCAGUAGAUCGUUUUUUACAAAAUUAUAAGUUAUGUAUGAUACAACAUUUUUAUGGAAAAAACAUAAACUCUUUGUGUUGCCAACAAAAAGAUAUUAAAUCGAGACUAUCUCUUCUAACGAAAGAGGAUAUUAAAGAUCUUAAAAAAUUACCAUCGAUUGCUAAGUAUUUGCAAAUGCGAAAAGAAUCGAAUAAAAACGAAGAAGAACUUAACGAUAAAAAAUUUAAGGAUUUAAUAGAAACGUUGUUGAUGGAAUUUCACGAAUACAUUACUCGGUUUUUAACGGUAUUAAGAUGCUUACACAUUUUAGUAUCGACUUUACCAAAGGCACAAUUAGGAAAACAACUACGUGAAGUUUACACAAAAGCAGUUUAUUCGAGUAACAUUACGGAGUCUCAGGAAUACAAGGAAUGUCUGCAGUUAUUAAAUUUUUUAUCGAAGGAAGAGCUCUUAACGAAAUUAGAGUCUAUCGAGAGGAUACUCGAAGAUACGAAGGAUCCGCUAAUGAAAAAAUUUCGAGUAAAUCUUACUAUGCGUAUAAACGAAAUUAGGAAUGCCAGCUUGGACGUUAUUAGUGGUAGCUCUAAAGAAAUAGUUUCUGCAAAUGAGAAACUUACUCGCGUUCAAUUGAAAGAGAAAUUAUUAAAAAUGAGUCAAACUCAUAAACGUUCGCCAUACAAGGAAGCCCAAUUCGAUUUAAUAAAUUACUUAGAUCGAGAGAUCUUUAAUGUUCAUCUAUCGAAUCCUAGUAAAGUACCUACUAACGAGAUAUUUUGUUACAACGAUGGAAAUGCAAUGAAGCAACAUGUUCGUGGUUCUGUAAGGGGAGCCAUACAUAUGGGUUUGAACGAUCCGCAAAUGUACUUGCAGUGCGACUGUUGCAAAUUGGAAAACGAGGACGCUAUUCCAGCAACACUGCCCGAUUUAAGUAUAAUUUAUAAGCUACACUUGGAAUCCAGGAAGCUAAUCAAUAUGUACGACUGGUUGCAGGCUUUUUCAACGAUCGUAGAUCCGGUUGAGGAUAUCGAUGAGAAACGGGAGAUAGAUCCUAAAGUACAAGCACGUUUCACACGAGCGGUUGCAGAUUUACAAUAUCUAGGUUUCAUCAAGACGUCUAGGAAGAAAACUGAUCACGUUAAACGGCUCACUUGAGGAUAAUAAAGAGUAUCUUUUUAUUUAUUAUUAUUUUUUUUUUCUUCUUAUCUUUUUAUAAUCUUUUUUAUUUUUUUCUUAUUACUGCGAGAGUAAUAUUUUUGUAACGAAAUCAAUAUGACGUUGUAAUAAAUACUGAUCAUUGAUUACUA